AUGGAGGAGCAGUACAACAAAAGUCUCCUCGUGUGGGACAGACGACCUCCCCUUGCAGGAGCGUCAAGUGGGCCGACGACGGAGGAGCUCCGGCGAGGGCCGUGGACUGUGGACGAAGACCUCCUCCUCGUUAACUACGUCGCCCAGCAUGGCCAAGGCCGGUGGAAUGCCCUCGCUCGCUCUGCAGGCCUGAAACGAACCGGAAAGAGCUGCAGAUUCCGAUGGCUCAACUAUCUCCGGCCGGACGUUCGCCGAGGAAACAUCACACCGGAGGAACAACUCAUUAUCGUCGAACUCCAUUCUCGGUGGGGGAACAGGUGGUCGAAGAUCGCGCGCUUCCUCCCCGGAAGGACCGACAACGAGAUCAAGAAUUACUGGAGGACGCGGGUGCAGAAGCACGUGAAGCAGCUCCGCUGCGACGCCAGUAGCAGAGCGUUUAAGGACGCAAUGCGCCGCCUGUGCAUGCAGACCGCUUCUUUUGCCUCAGCUUCCACCUCCCCCGGCCUCCUCUCCAAUUCUUGGAGGCCGGCGACUGAGACGGCGACGACGAUGGUGAACAUUGCUUCUAGCUCGGAGGAGUAUUACUUUUCCCCGGGGCCGCCCGGCCUCCUAGCCAAUUCUUGGACGCCGGCGACUGAGACGGGGACGACGAUGGUGAACAUUGCUUCUAGCUCUGAGGAGUAUUACUUUUCCCCGGCGCCGCCCUCCCUCCUCGCCGAUCCUUGGACGCCGGCAAUUGAGACGGGCACGACGAUGGUGAACGGUGCUUCUAGCUCGGAGGAGUAUUACUUUUCCUCGGCGCCGCCGCUUCAGCAGCUCUCUUCGCUCGGCACCGCGAUCGGCCUCGAAGAGGAGAUCGGCGGCGGGGGCAUCGAAGCCGUUCUCGGCGGCGAGGAUGAGUGGACGGAGCGACACGUGGAUUGCCCGAGCAAUUGUGUUGGAGGGGACUGGCCGUGGAGCGAUUGUUUGUGGAGCGACAUGCAAAUCAUUUAG